UAUAGUCUCUCUCUUUCCUAGCAGAUUGCUGCCUUUUCUAUGUAUGUAUAUAACAGUCCCGAUCGGUCUUUGAUCAGGUGAGUUCUGGUUGCUUGCAGCUUGAACCGUACGUAUGGAGGCUAUAGACGAUUUGGACUUGCAGCUCGGGAUGCUGAGGGAGUACUACUACUCCGGGAAGACGAGAGAUGCGUCGUGGAGGAGGUCUCAGCUCAAAGGAAUCCUUUCCCUCUUGAAGGAGAGGGAAGACGAGCUCUUUAGGGCUCUCCAUCAAGAUCUUGGAAAGCAUCCUGUUGAGGCUUAUAGGGAUGAGAUAGGAUGCCUGAUAAAAUCAGUAAAUUAUGCCCUCGAUUGCUUGUCCCAAUGGAUGUCAGGCCGGAAGGCCAAAUUGCCCCGAGCUGCCCUGCUAACAAGUGCGGAGAUCAUUCCCGAGCCUCUCGGUCUUGUCCUGAUAAUAUCGUCGUGGAAUUUCCCUUUCGGACUGUCCCUGGAACCCCUGAUCGGAGCCCUAGCCGCCGGCAACGUGGCGGUCUUGAAGCCUUCGGAGUCGGCUCCGGCGUCCUCAUCCCUUUUGGCCAAUCUCAUCCCCGUUUAUUUGGACAAUAAAGCCGUCAACGUUGUUGAAGGUGGUCCUGACGUCGGCCAGCAACUUUUACACAAAAAAUGGGACAAGAUUUUCUUCACAGGAAGCACGAAGAUCGGGCGAGCUGUUAUGGCUGCAGCGUCGGAGAACCUGACCCCCGUGACCCUAGAGCUGGGGGGGAAAUGCCCCGCGGUCAUUGAUUCCCUCACCAGGUCACUAGACCGAGAGGUGGCAGUUCAGAGGGUUCUAGGGACGAAAUUCAGUCCCUGUGCAGGACAAGCAUGCAUUGCCAUCGACUAUGUCCUCGUGGAAGAGAAAUUCAGUCCCACUUUAGUGGAAUUGAUGAAGGGAAUGAUGAAGAAGAUGUUUGGGGAGAACCCAAAGGAAUCGGGAAGCAUAGCAAGAAUAGUGAACAAACGCCAUUUACAGCGAUUGAAGUCUCUGUUAGAUGAUCCACUGGUCAAAGCUUCCAUCGUCCAUGGCGGUUCCAUGGAUGAAGAUAGCUUGUACAUUGAGCCCACGAUUUUGCUGGACCCCCCAACUAAAGCAGCAAUCAUGGUGGAUGAGAUUUUUGGCCCACUGCUUCCGAUCAUAACGUUGAAUAAAAUCGAAGAUAGCAUCAACUUCAUAAACUCGAGGCCUAAGCCCCUCGCAAUCUACGGUUUCACCAACAACGAGUCCCUGAAGACGAGGAUGAUAUCCCAAACAUCAUCGGGAAGCUUAACAUUCAAUGAUGCCGUAAUUCAGUAUGCGGCGGAUACCUUACCGUUUGGCGGAAUUGGAGAGAGCGGGAUGGGCAAGUACCACGGGAAGUUCUCGUUCGACACAUUUAGUCACCAGAAGGCGGUUCUUCGAAGAAGCUUUCUCAUUGAUUUCUGGUUCCGGUUUCCCCCUUGGAACGACUACAAAUUGCAGCUAUUCCGGGCAAUGUAUGGCUUCAACUAUCUCCUCCUCCUCCUCAUCACUCUGGGACUGAAGCGAUCCAAAUAGUGACAUGUACCACCAUAUCGAUCUGUAUAUCUUUGUUGUCUGAUAAAAAGGUCAUCUAUCAUCUGCAUUAACCGUGUCUUAAUACACAUAUACAUGGUGAAUAUGCUUAGAGGUCUGUGUCCAUGAUUACAAUUAUGGCCAAAUAUUGAUAAUGUUAAUGUGAUAGAACCGUGCAAUAAGGUGUAAUCAUUUCAUACUUUCCUUUCCAUGA